CACUGAAAGCCUACCACCUCCCACUCGGUGCAUUCCGGAAGAAAAGUGUUGACGUUGUGAUUCCGCGGAGCGUAUACACGAGGUCUUCCUCUCCAUGUCCUACUGCCCUGACAACAGCGAAGGGGAGUCCACCUGCAUUUUAAUAGGUCUUCCGCGGCUCAACUGAGGAUCCAGUGAAUAUUCUCUGUCGGAGAGGAUGGAGGCUCGUCACCGUCUCACCAGGAGCCGCCGCCGCGCCAGAUUAACUCCUCCUUCCCGGCUCGCUCCUGCCUAGCGUCACUGACGGGCCUGCGCCUGACCUUGCUUUCAGCCGUGUUUCGUAAGAAGAGAGACUGAGGCAGCGGGGAAAGGAAAGAAACGGCACGGCCUGUCCUGUCCUUUGGGGCCAUGUCGGGGCUUGCCGCCGCCGCCGCCGCCGGUACACUUCGGAUUUUGGACAAAAAUGUUUUUUCUGUUCUGCGUACACUUAAAGGGCCCUGCAGGGUGAUAAACAGAAGGAUGUGCAGCAAAACGCAAGCGGACAGUGUGCUAAAGUCAAAACCCCAGACUCCAGGCUCCACCUUCAAAAUCCCAGGAUACAAGCCCACUGAGUGGGACAAGAAAAUUUUGGUAUGGACAGGUCGUUUCAAGAAAGCAGAAGAUAUACCAGGAACUAUCUUGUUUGAGGUGGUCAAUACCGCAAGGAACAAGCUGCGUGUGAGGAUCAGCUACCUAAUGAUUGCCUUGACGAUCUGUGGGUGCCUGAUUAUGGUUAUUGCAGGGAAACGGGCUGCUGCAAGGCAUGAAUCCCUGGUGAACCAGAACAUGGAGAAAAAAGCUCUGCAGAGAGCAGAGGCUGUUCAGAGUACAUCUGCCAAACCAUAGUCAAGAGGAAGAAUAUUACAUCAGAAGGCACCAGAUUUAUCGUCACCUUUCAUUAAUGGAGGAGCUUGAGGGAUGCUUCUUCAUUAGUUAAUUUUUUGGUAUUCCUUUCCAGCUUGCAGAAAUAAAUUAUUUUUUAGUAAUCUUAAGUCAAAUCCUCAUGAGGAUUUCAUAUUUUGCUAGAAUCCAAUCACUAUCAGUAGAAACAAGCUUAACUACAUGAUCUAGUUUCUUUCAGUUCCCCAUUACGGAAUGUAUUGCAAGGUAUUGAAUUCACCUCAAGUGACUAGGACUUGUUUUAAGUGGUAGCACAGGCAUCUUAACGUCAUGUGUGGCUCUAUGCUUUGAUCUUUGUGUGCAAGCAUGUUUUGAAUAGCUGGCAUGUGUGAUUCAGCUUCAGUGCAGAGUAAGUACUCAGAACCCAAAACUCAAUAGUUGCAAAACUGUAUUGAGUCAGUCCUGGUUUUAGAGGGAUAUAUGGUGGUUUUUUUGAAGUGUUAGGAUUGGUUUGUCUCAUGUAAUUUGUACAGCAUGAGCCUCUGCAAGUUCUUUUCAGAAAUAUGUUCCACUUUAUGCACUGGGGCUUUUCCUAAAGUAGUACCUUUUUACCAGUCCCCAAUCACUGUGGGACAAAAACCUAGGAAAGAGAAAUGAAACACAGAUUGUAGGGCACAUUAUUUUUUCAUUUGCUGUACUAAACCAGCAAGACCAGUUUGGUGAACCGAUUGAUUUAUGAUCAAACAAUGGAAUUAAAACUAUUUGAUCUCUUGUAA